ACUCCCUCCUCUCCCACACCAGUAGUAAACUCCCAACUCCUUUACAGAUAAGAGAGACAAUGGCGAGGACGUUGUGCGCGGUGCUACUUGUCGUUGCCCUUGCCCUGGCCGCGGCGGCUGCUGCCAGGAACUUGCCGAGCGGCGGCGGAGGUGGCGGGCUUGACGACCAGAAGAACUUCAUGACCUACGGAGGCUUCGGCAGCAGUAUCCCAGGGUUCGGCGGCUCAGGCGGCGGUAUCCCGGGGUUCGGCGGCUCAGGCGGCAGUAUCCCGGGGUUCGGCAGCUCCGGCGGCGGGAUCCCGGGGUUCGGCGGCAUAGGAGGGAUCGGAGGGAUGAGCGGGCCGGGCAGCGGAGCUGGCAUUGGGGGCGGAGCUGGUGGAGGAUCCGGCGGUCUUCCUCUACCUUGAUUGGAUUCAAGCUUCGGUUUUAUGAGUCCGUUUGUUCUGUUGAAUGCUAGUAGUGUGUUUUGUGAGUGAGUGGCGUCUCUACGUGCUCGUGCUUUUCAGUUGUUCCUUCUUGUCUCUCUGGUCGUGCCCGUCGUUCUGGUGUCCGCUAGUUCAGUUGUUUCCACGUGUUUCUGUCGUUUGAAAUCGUAAGCAUAUCCGAAUUAGAAUCUAAUGGUUGUUUCGAGUGUCAUCA